AUGCCUCAGCAGAUGGCCCUGCCGAAACGCCGACCAGGUGCCUUGGCGCUGGUCGCGCUGGUCGCGGGCCUGGGCCUGGCCGGCCGCCUCGGACUGGGCUUUGCCGGGACUUUGACGAGGACCAGGUCCACCGCCGAGUCGCACUUGGGCUCCAGAACUUUCAGAACCUCCCGGCAUGUCGGCGAUGGCUUUGACGGGCUUGCAGGCACAGCCGCAGGCGUCAUGGAGUCCAUGGCUUCCAUGGCUUCCGUGGAUCAGAUGGAUCAGUCUUCUUUGCUCGCAUCCUUUGCGGAUCAAGCUGGAAACAUCAACGGAGUGCUGUUCCAGGGCUCCUUGCCGGCGUACUUGCUGUUCCUGUACUUCUUGGGCUACCGUGGGAACAACACCCCGCCCUUGACGUUUUUUGGAUUCGCGUUCUUGCUGGUUUUCGUGUUCUUGACGAUCCCAGCAGGAAUCAUCUCCAAGAGCAGCUAUGGCUUGAUCCUAGCCGAUUCAGACUGGAUCCACGGGAGUGCGGAGUCAUUGCUGACUUGCACCAACAUCAUGAUCGUUCUGGGGUUCCGCAGUGCCCUCACGGGAAACGCAGAACUGGCAGACAAUGAGACCGUGAGAAACAUCGCCUUCGGAUGGAUGGCCGCUGUGAUUCUCACCCUGGCGGCCGGCAUCCCCAUCUUCGGCUUCGAGGCACAUACGGCCUUCCUCUCAGGCAUCGGGGCACUGGACUUCGACCAAGCGGAGCCGGUCAACGCUCUGUCAAUCCCAAACUGGAUGGUGCAUUGGUCCACUGUCUUCGAGUUCCUCCUCGCCAUGUCAUUGGCGUGGCGCUACGCCGAUGCGAUGGGAAACCCGAAGUGGAAAGGCCUCACCUGGGGAAUGCUCCCCUCUAGCAUCUCCAGCGUUUGUGCACUCACCUUCCACAUCUUUUACAACCAGAUCCCUUGGAUUCUUACUGGGCAGGCUCUCUUCACUUUCAUCGGCAAUGCCACAUUGGCCUUGGCCGCCUAUCGCAUUGCCGUGUCGAACGGCUGGACAAUCGGGGAGCUCAACCCGCUUAGGAUGUUUGACAAGAAGGAGGGUGAGGAGGAGCCAAGCUUUGACAUAGCCAAGGUGUCACCGGAAGGGGCCAAGGAGUUGAUGUCUGGUCCCCUCUUGGUUGCGGAGGUCAUCCUUUUGACGGUGGCUUUUGCCUAUGGAACCAAGUACGGUGAGCUUGCGGUUGGAUCCAGCAUCUUCCAGUCUCCGGAAUCGAGCGCAGCAGCCGCAGCUGUCAUCGCGAUCCCUGUGCUCCUCGUGGCCUACGUCAUUUACAGCCAGAGCUCCGACCUCCAAAGCGGGCAGCUGCCACCCCUUGCCCUGGCGCCAUCGGCAGCCAAGGACAAAUAG